AUUGCCAUCUCCAACGGUGCAAUCACCAGCAUCCCUUUACCGAGACAAAGAAAAAAGAAAACGCCCUCCUUUUGCUAAAUGUUCACUUUCUACAACCUCCAUUUUCUCCUUCUUACAUUCAUCAUGGCAUCCUCCGCCCGUCUAAGACGGACGUUUCAAUACCCCAACGACUCCGACUCAGACUCUCCCGAAGCCAUGGACGAGCAAGAACAAGACAGCCUCAUCCAAACCCUCGCCUCCCAAAACGCCUCCCAAAACGAAACCCUCGCCCGCACCCUCCUCGCCCUGCCGCUCCUCUCCCUCAUCGCCUACAUCCGCCCGCUGCUCAACCCCGCCACCACUUCCUUUGCCAUCUUCUGCACAACAUCCCUCCUCGCGACGGCCUUUCUGCUCUACCGCCUGCCGCCCGCGCAGACGGGCAUUCUCAUAAUCGACGCCUGGGCCAGCGGUAAUGGUAGUGCUAGAGGAAGAGGCAGAUCGUCUGCUGCGAGCAGUCUUAGCAGUGGAUUGCGGUCGUCGCGUAAUUCACUCGGUGGUCUUCUUGGUCGUGGGGUCAUGGAGACGCGGUCCCCGUUGGAAAAGACCUUGCCCUAUUUGAACUUGGGUCUCGUCACUUUAUUAAUACUCAUGGGAUUGGUGAGAGGCGAUGAGAGGGGCGGUGGCUUUGGCUGGGUCAGCAUGGGCAAUAUUCCUGGCCUCGUCUAUUCCGUUGUCCUGACGGCCAAGAUUGUCAUGGCCGGCGUGGACCCCGAGAGAGAUCUAGGGAGCCUCAGGUACGGGUAUAAAGGUGCUUGAUAAGACCUGUUAUCUAGUGCCUAUUCAUACAUGUAAACUCUCAAAUAAUAGAUAAUUCACC